GUAACGUUUGUUGUGUAAUGAAUACCUAACUUAAUAUUACUAACAAAACGUGUUUUUGUUAUUGUUUUUUAAAAAUAAAAAUUUUUUUUUGUUUAAUAAAUGCUUUCAAUAAUUACCGAUUGAUUUGUCCGUUUCGGUGACCAUUAAAAAACACCCGCCGCUGCUCUGGCCAUGGAUUUGACGGCAAUGAAACAGAUUGAGGACAUUAAACGCCGAACACAAUUGGUGAUCGAGUCGCGGACAAAUGUCAACAACAUUGUCGACCUGUUGGCCACUAUUACCGAUGACUUGGACAUUGAUGACACAGCCGUCGCGGCCACCGCCGCCGCAGCCGAUGAUAGUGUCAAACGAUGCUCGCAGUUGACAAUCGAGACAUUGAUCCGAUCGGUAAACAAGAUAUUCAUCCGAUUUAUUCACCAGAAAGAGCUACGAGUGGUGGCCGCCGACGCCGAUACCGAAGCCAAUGUCAAGUAUCGCAAAUGGUUGGCCACUGUCUACGAUCAGACCAAUGAUUUGCUUAUCCGAUUUGUCGGCAACAAUAGCUAUACAAAAUCAACACAAAAGUUGGCCUUUAAUUCGCUGAUGAAAUGUGUGGCCGAAGAAGGUAAAUAUCCGUUUCGUACGGAAGUGGUUACCGAAGAUCUAUCGUUUCCGACACCAUUGUUCCGUAAAAUAUUUCGGCAAUUGUUGUCCAAAUUGACCGAUAAUCGCGAUCUGAUUCGUAACUAUUGUCAAAAUUAUCUACAGUUUGACGACUGUGUCUAUCAAACCCUGAAAGCGUGCGAAGAAAUAGUCGGCGAUUAUAAUAAUAGUGAUAAUAAUAUCACUGACAAUACCAUCGAUGACGACGACAACAACAACAGCGGCGACGAUAUCUUUGUACGCAAUGUUUACGAACUAUUAGCGGCCAUACAGUUGAAAACGCCGGCCGAGUUGCGGACGCGUAGCCAUCAAUUGAAAGCAACGGCUGAAAAGACACGUCGACUAAAGCCAAACAAGUUGGCCGACAAUCGGUCCGAUAAUAUCAUACUAUGUAUACCAACACAACCGAAUCAACGAUGUUUUCGCAUUGAUUACGAACGGGACGCCGAUCUGUUUGCCAGUGUAUGGACACUGUUUCUCGGCGGCGGUCGACUACGGCUACCGAAAGAUAUCUAUAAAAAAGUAUUACUACUAUUAGAUAAACAAUUGAUCCAACAUUUUCGUAAUCCAUUACUGUUGACCGACUUUCUUGUGGAUAGCUAUUCAAUUGGUGGUAUUGUUUCCCUGUUAUCCCUGUCCUCGCUAUACAUAUUGAUCCAAAAGUGUAACUUAGAAUAUCCCCAAUUUUACCCCCAACUCUACGCCCUCCUAACUGCUGGUGUACUGCAUGUCAAAUACAGACCCCGAUUCCUGUUCUGGUUAGACAUAUUCCUGACCUCAAGCCAUAUAUCGGCUCAAACUGUAGCCUCGUUUGUCAAACGUUUAUCGCGUAUAGCAUUGACCGCCGCUACAGCCGACUCCCAGCUAAUACUGUUGCCAAUGAUUGGCAAUCUAUUGGUCAGACAUCCAUCAGUAGCGGCUAUGCUAACGGCUAAUAUUGGUUUAACAACUACCGAAUCCUCGGUAGUAAUCAACGAUCCGUUUGACAAUAGUAUCGACGAUCCCGAAGCUACUGGUGCUUCCGGUAGUUGUCUAUGGGAAUUGAAAACAUUGCAAAAACAUUAUCAUCCACAAGUUAGGAAAUUAGCCAGUCAAUUAAUCGAUAAGGACUUACCCAACAGGGAAUGGGAUCUAUCGGAACUGUUGGAAACAACCGAUACGGAUGUUAUGGACAGUGCUAUCAAAUCGUUGAAUCGCCAGAAACAGUUGACCUACGAUUGCGGCCAACAAUUGUGGGACUAUUUAGGUGUGAAUGGACUAUCAGUUUAAUUAAUUAAUUAAUUAUAUGUU